AUGACCUCCAAUGCUUCUGCUGUUGGAUCUUUGGUAGAAGUUAGCGCUUUUAACGAUGAGUUGAGUUUAUUGGCGGCUACUCUUAUCCUUACAACGAGAAAUAACGGAAGUAUUAUGGACAAAGAAGCUAGGAUAAAAAUGAAGAGAAACAUUAUACUGUUUUUUCAAACGAUGCUCCAAGAUUCAUUAUAUUUGAUCGAUCUCACAUUCACUUUUAAAUUAAACGGAUUGAGCACUCAUCGUUUCUGGACGUUUAUAAGUGGAACGCUCGUUUGGGAAUGCAUACAUUCUGUUGAUGGAUACUUCUUUCAGCCAAAUCAUGGAAGAAGAGUUCAAUUACACCAAUCCUUUGAAUUUAGUUGUUGCUAUGCUAAUCAUUACGAGGACAUUCUCCAUACCCACCAGUUGUCGAAUCCUGGAUCAUCAAUAUCGCCAACACCUUGUAUCUUGGAAAUGAGUAUCAAAUUGUAUAAAGGGUGUCAUGCUCUCUAUUCUACAAAAAACCUCGCUUGGUCUUAUGAUGAUUCUGAACAGUGCGAUUUUGUGGAUGAUGCUCUCGACAUUAUUUUCUAUACUUUCAUAGCCAUGUCAAUUCUCAAUACAAUCACUUUUGUCAAAAUUCUCCAUUUUUAUAGGAAAAGAAAUGCUAAUCAGGACAAGGAAACCAAAAAGCGAAUGAGGAAGAACACCAUUCAUUUCUUACAAACGAUGCUCCAAGACUCCCUUUAUCUUAUCGAUCUUACUUUCACAUUCAGAUUGAGUUCUUGGAGUGAUCAUCGUGUAUGGAGAUAUGUCAGUGGAACUUUAAUUUGGGAGCUCUUGCAUUCUACUGAUGGGUUUGUAAUGGUAAUGUUCAACGAAAGGCUAUCCUUCAUCAAGAAGACAAUCCAAAACUCUUCAACCAUUCCCGUCAUUGCUGGACCAAAAAAUCUACGCCAAGGGACGAUUUCAGCUUCAACAAUACCGUCAACUAAAUAG